AUGGGUAGAGGAAGAGUGGAGCUGAAGAGGAUCGAGAACAAGAUAAAUCGGCAAGUGACAUUUGCCAAGCGGAGGAAUGGGCUUCUCAAGAAGGCUUACGAACUCUCGGUACUCUGCGAUGCUGAGGUUGCUCUUAUCAUCUUCUCCAACCGAGGCAAGCUCUAUGAGUUCUGCAGCAACUCAAGCAUGGCUAACACAAUUGAACGGUACCAAAGAUGCAGCUAUGGUGCCUUGGAAGCAGACCAACCGGCAAUGGAGACACAGAGGUGCUACCAAGAGUAUCUCAAGCUGAAAUCAAAAGUUGAGGCACUACAGCGCACUCAGAGAAAUUUGCUUGGGGAAGAAUUGGAGCAGUUGGGCAUAAAGGAGCUUGAGCAGCUUGAACGUCAGCUGGACUCUUCAUUGAAGCAAAUCAGGUCCAAUAAGACACAACAUUUGCUUGAUCAACUCGCUGAUUUGCAAAGGAAGGAAGAGAUGCUUCUGGAAACUAACCGUGUCUUGAGGUGCAAGUUGGACGAAAUAAAUAUAUCCUUUCAACCAUCAUGGGAAGCUAGGGAGGGAAAUGAUUCAUACGGCCGCCAGCCUCCACACUCCGAGGGAUUCUUUGGGAUUGCACAAUGCAGUCGUACAUUGCAGAUGGGCAUGGAGAAGAUACUGGAGCGCUAUGAAAGAUAUAACUAUGCUGAGAGGCAGCUUGCUGGAAAUGAUUCCGGGACGCAGGAAAACUGGACCUUUGAGUAUUCUAGACUGAAGGCUAAGAUUGAUCUCAUGCAAAGAAACCAAAGCCAUUAUAUGGGAGAAGAUCUUGCUUCACUCAGCCUCAAAGAGCUUCAGAGUUUAGAGCAGCAAUUAGAAACUGCUAUCAAACAUAUCCGUACACGCAAAAAUCAGCUGAUGUACGAGUCCAUUUCUGAGCUUCAGAAAAAGGAGAGGGCCAUACAGGAACAAAAUAGCAUGCUUGCAAAGAAGAUAAAGGAGAGGGAGAAGGCUGCCGCAACAGCAGAGGCACAGCAGGCAUGGGAGCAGCCAAGCCAUGAAGCUGCUCCUAACCCUUCUUUCUUACUCCCUCAUCAUCCUCUUCCCUCUCUAAUCAUCAGUGGUAAUUACGCUGAAGAAGAAACGACGAUGGGAAGGAACGAUCUUGACCUGACCCUGGAGCCAAUAUUGCUUUGUUUGCACUGUAACUGUGGAGGCAUGCGUCAUGCGAUUGCAUGCUUCAUUAUAUAUGUAUCAGGUAAUAUAACUCAUAUUGAAGAUAUUGCUAAUUGUGAUAAAAGUGAAUCUCAUAUUGAUAAAUUAUAUACUGAUUCUGAAGAAGAGGAUUAUGAUGAUGAUGAGCUAGGAGAAGGGAAAAGGGUGAAAGGAUUGAUGAUGAUUCUAUUUUGA